CCCUGCUCCCCGCCUCCCUGUCCUCAGCUGAUGGAAGAUGCACUGCUCCGGUAUUUACUUUUGCUUUUUAUAAGUCACAGACUCGUCAUGUUUCCUCUUUCUUACAGUUUCAGGAAAUUGAGAGUGUCAUCUCACAAUUGUAGGAUUUUAGAGCAGGUAGAGAUGAACCUGCGGGAUCUCAGUCUACAGACACACAGUUCUCCCCAAGGAAACUGAGCCCCGCAGCGCCUCAGCUGCCAGAGGGCUGGGCCCCAUGCCCAGUGCCUGGUGUGGCUGGCCUGCCUUUCUGCGCUGCCCACCUGGGUGCCCUGGGCAGAGGGGCAGAGAGGACACGGGGUGGAAUGCCCCAGCCCCCUCCCUCACGCAGGCGCUGGCACCUGCUCAUGAAGCAGGCCUCCCACCUGCCAGGAGUCGUGGGGAGUGGGGAGGUGAGAGCACCCCUGCCGUCCACCCAUCGAGGGAGGCAGGCCUUGGACAGAAAGGCCAGCGCUGGUCCUGAGCGCUGCCCUGGAUGCGUGCUCAGGAGGGGGUGCCCACCUCCCACACGUGAAGCGAGGCAAGGAAGGGGGCAAUGGCAGAGGGGCAGGAGCUCAGAAGUGGGAAGGCCCCCGGCACAGAUGAGCGGGGGGCUUCAGGAAGUUCGUGGGGGAGGCCUGGCACAGCAACAGGUGGCCCUGGGAGUGGCGGCUUCAGGAGGGACCCCCUGCCUGCUUGUGGGGGCUGUGCUUGAGACACUGGGAUGGGAAUCCAGACCAGACUCGGGGGCCCGUGCCCAGGUGGUGCCAAAGGGCUGCAGCAUCAGCGGGGGCGCAGGCCAAGCCAGCAGGCGGGCGCGGAGGGACAGGGGCCUGUGGCCGCCACCCACGCUGCAGGCCCGGGAGGAGCGCGGCGCGAGAGGGGGUGUCUCUGGGGCCGUGCGGGCUGGGGUGGUCCACAGCUGUCGCGUCCCUGGCUGGACAGAGAGGUGGGGCUGGUCGGAGCCCUGGUCGGCCCCGCUGGGCUGGGGCAGAGCAGAACCCCUGCCGUGGGGGCUCCAGGGGAGCAGCGGCCCAGCCUGAAGCUGGGUGGCGGGGGUGGGGUGGCGUUCAGCUUGCUGUCAGCCUGGCGGCCGCCUGAGUCACCUCUGGACAUGGCCAGGAUGACACAGCUUCCUCGGGCUGCAAAGGCAAGGUGACCAGACGUCCUCCAGGCCAGGCAGACAGUCACGUCUUGCCGGAGGGCAGCCAGCCAGGGCCAGCCUGCAGGCUGGGUGCGGGCUGGGCCGGUGGGGUGGCCGGCAGGGUGCGGCGGGACACACCCCCAUCUCAGGGAGCUGGUGCAGGCAGUGGGUGCCCUCCUGGUUCUGGGAGCUGCCUCUGCUGGCUCCUUCCAGGGUCGGAUGAGUCGACGGGCGCUUGUUCAACAGGCAGGCUCCUGCUCUGGCACCAGCCCCAGGGGCAGUCGGCUGAGGGUCUCUCAAGAGGAGGCCCCUAGUCCCCAGACGAGAGGCAGCACGGCACGGUGGUUCUGGCUUUGGGGUUCACUCUUGGCUGCCAUGCCCCCCGGACGCCCCUGAGGCCUGGCAAUGGAAGGUCCGCUCCGACCCCCUCUCUUGGGCUGAGCGCCACGGGCGUCGGGAUCCUGCCCUGCUCAACGCUGAUGUUGGAGACUCGGCUUCUCCCACCCGGGCUCAUGACCUGGGUGUGCAGACUGGUCGUGCAAUCCAGUGAGAAUCUGAGACUCUCGAAGCCCCCUUUGCUCCUGGGUGAUCUAAGCCCAGGGCUGCCCAGGUGGGUCGUGCCCCCAUUCGCCAGUGGCUGCCCUGAUGAAGAACGGGUUUCCUGGGCCCCGGCCCCUGGCCUGGCCUGGUGAGGGCUGGAGCACACAGGGGCUGGCCAGGCCGUGUGUCACCCCGGGAGCCAGGUCUCAGCCGCAGCAGGAACUUGCGAGGAGGAGGGCAGGAAGUGAUCCUGGCCCCAGCUCACCUGCCUGCUGGAAGGGCAGUCCUGCACUGUCAGACCUGGGCGCCCUGCCCUGCCCUGCUUCUCACGGGCCCAGAAGGGGAGGGACGCUCCCGAAUUUACUGCAGACCGUGUGGUCCCCGGGGUUGCCUCUGUCUAGGCCGCUGGGUCCCCUUCCCUACAGAGGACGUCCUCUUUCGUGUUCAGCUGGAACGGAGUUUCUGGCUUUGGGUUGAAAAGCAGCCUCUGAGCCGACGCUUGGCUGGGAGGUGCUCCUGGGAGAGGUGCUGGCGGCGUGCUGCACCAGAGGCUCCUCGGGGCACGAGAGGGCAGAGCAGCCCCGUCCAGCGUCCCAGACUGGCGCGGGCCUGGCUUGCGGGUGGCGGCACCAGGAGGAGCCGCUGGCUGGGCCGUCGGGAAGGUGUGUGAGGGUCCAGGCCCCGACGCAGCAGCGCUGGCCCUGGGCAUCCUGGCCGGCUCCCACCUCUGCUGGCCUGCGCGGCUGCGGGGGUCACAAACACCUUUUCGGGGCAGCUGUUCCCCAGUCAGUUGUUCUACAAACUCUGGUUCACACCUGCAAAACUCUUCUCUGAACCUCUUUCCAAAAGCAAGCUGUUGUUUUCUGAAGCCUGAAGUGACGUGAGGUCGGUUCUGGGGGUGUUUCAGGUGUUUUAGGGAGAGCCGAGUAGCCUGCCACUCCUGUUCCCUUACUGAGUCCACGGAAGGGCUCUUGGCCCGCCGACCCACAGCCUGACUUCGACGUGAGCCCCCGGGCCCUGAGGGCUUUGGAAGCCGAGUGCUAACGCGCCUGGGUCUGUGGGGGUCGCGCCUGGGUCUGUGGGGGUCGUGACGAUGGACAGGGCCGGCCAGCGUCUGCUUGCCUGGGGCUCGCCCCCCUUCCCCUGGGGUGGGGGUCCUGGUGCAGACCCUGGGGUGAGCGCCCAGGGUCAGGGUGUUGUCUCUGGGCGUCACCGGAGUGGCCCAGCUGAGGACGUUUGGCACUGGGCCCUUGGUUCCGAUCUCCUCGUUUUUCAGAAGAGAAGACCAAGACCCACAGAGAGGAGAGGUGUUUCAGAGGCUGGGGAUCAGCCCCCUCGGCUCCGUCUGGUUGGUGGGGGCCUGAGGACUGAGGGCAGGCCCCCGGGGGACCCCAGCCAUGCUGCUCUCCCCCGUCUCUGCCAAGGCUCCUCGCCCAGGUCCUGGGCCCGGAGGCCAGGCGGUGGGCCAGGUGGGCUCAGCACCGGCAGACAUGGGGCCUGGGGUCUGUGGCCAGCUCGACCCGGUGGACAGGGAUGCCGAGCCCCAGUCCCGUGUGCAUCCUGGGCCCUGGGUGCCCACCCGGUAACGUCACGGUGGGCAGGUCCCCAGGGGAGGCGCCCCGGGAAGGCGCUGGGGUCCCGGCCAGGCUGGUGCGUCCCUGAGGGUCUGCUGGGUCCAGCACAGGCCCCCUGCCCUUCCUUUCCCACCGGGGGUGGGCGGGGCCUCCGCCUGUGGGAAUGUGAGCCCAGCUCUGUAAACAGCUGGUGACUCACCGCCCAGCUAUGCCCUGGCGUGCUGGGAGCGGGCUGGAACGAUAGCGGCCCCUCCUCACUCGACGUGGAGAAGUUUCUCAUGGCCUCUCGGCCGCCCGGCCCGCCAGCCCUCCCCGUGGCUUCUCCAGACCAGGGCUGACUCCCGAGCUGGAGGGAGGGGUGGCCCACGGGGCGCCCUGGGUCCCUAGGGGUCAGGCCGCAGUCAGGCUGCAGUUCUCACCUCCUGUGGGGUCACCCGGGCAGCCGCAUGUCCACCGUGGGCACAGGCGUGAGCUCAAGAGGGCCCAGGGGCCCAGUGCCCCCAGGGCUGGGAGAGCAGACUGGGCACAGACCGGGGUGCUGAGACCAUCUGGUGCUGAAGGGUGGGCGGGCCGCCAGAGGCGGGACCAGCGCCUGGGGGAGUCCAGGCGGCGCCACCGUGAGGGUCUCGGGCUGCAGGGGAAGACUGCCCAGCAGGUCUCCCUCACCUUGAGACACGGCCUCUGCUGCGGCUCUGCCUCUGGCCCCAGACCCUCCUUGGGUGUCUCUCUCUGCUCAGUUCACCUCGGAACCGGGGGGCGGGCCCCGAACCUGUGAGCCCGAGGCCCGUGCACGAGUGGGGGCCGGGUCUUCCGCACCCCUUCCCCAGCUGCGGGCCCAGGGGGCCUGCUUGCCGCCCCACAACCUGUGCUGUCGGCGCGGCCUGCCCAAAGCCAUUGUUGCUGUGGGCUUCUCCGUUUCCAUGACGACCAUCAGGGGCUGGCUACCUCCCAAGGUCGUCAUGGCAACUAUCAGAGGGGAAUCAUGCUUGGGAUGCUUUGGCUGGCUUUUUCAUGAAUGAUUAGAAUGUGUGACACAAUGCAGACGCGAAAAUGAGAAGGGCGGGCGGUGGGGGCUGGCGGGCGGCGGGGACAGCUCCCGCCAGACGGUCGGUGGGCGCUGGAGGCGGUGGCUCCCACUCCCCGGCUGGCCGGCGGCGGGAGCCCCCACUCACCCUCUGGGCCUCGGGUCAUGGCCGUGGGGCAGCCUCAGUGGAGGGGGUGAUGUCACCGCUGCAGUGCCCUUGGAGGAGGUGGUUCUGUCCGGGUGACUGUGCCCAGGUUAUGACGACUAAUCCCAAAGCGAACAAGGCGUUGAAGGUCAAGAAGGAGGCGGGCGAGAACGCCGCGGCGCUCAGCGACGAUGAGCUGGUGUCCAUGUCGGUGCGGGAGCUGAACCAGCACCUGCGGGGCCUCACGCGGGAGGAGGUGGUGCGCCUGAAGCAGCGGCGCCGCACGCUCAAGAACCGGGGCUACGCGGCCAGCUGCCGCAUCAAGCGCGUGACGCAGAAGGAGGAGCUGGAGCGCCAGCGCGUGGAGCUGCAGCAGGAGGUGGAGAAACUGGCCCGCGAGAACAGCAGCAUGCGGCUCGAGCUGGACGCCCUGCGCUCCAAGUACGAGGCCCUGCAGACCUUCGCCCGCACCGUGGCCCGCGGCCCCGUCACGCCCACCAAGGUGGCCACCACCAGCGUCAUCACCAUCGUCAAGUCCGCCGAGAUGGCCGCCUCCGCCUCCGUGCCCUUCUCGGCCGCCUCCUAGUGCCCGCCCGGCCGAGGGGUGUGGUCCCGCGGAGAGCGGACCCCGCGGACUCUUGCGGACCGGCCGGCGGGAACAGAUGGGGUUCCGCGCGCCGCCCGCCCUGCACACGCGAACACGCACGCGCACUGCAUGCCCCGCCUGCCCGGGCUCCGCUGCCCUCUCCGGGCCGUCUCCCGCUCCGGGCCGCCUCCCGGGCUCUCAGUCCGGCGCCAGCGGGGGCAGGGCGUGUGGACGGAAGGCCCUUAGGAGGCCCCUGGCCCAGACGUCUUCCACCCCUCCCUCGAGCUGCCCGUCCGCACGCGAUAGCGUGUCCACACCCUGCACGGGCCCCCAGCUGGGCCAGCACCCCUUCAACACGCUGACUGCACCUGGGCCCCCGGGAGGAACCGCCCCCCACGGGGUCCAAACACUGUGAUCCUGCUGCAGCCUCGGCCAGAGGCCCAGACCCCUUGAGUGGGUGGAGGAAGGGCUGUGCAAGCGUGUGCGAGGGUCACCUGUGCGUGUGAACAUGUGCGCACGUGUGCCUGCCCUCCUCCGGGGUGCCGCCGCUCUGGGUGCCUCGGGAGCGGCUUGUCACUGGGCCCGCCCACGCUUUGCGUUUCCUCUCCAUGUCGGGGGGCCCAGGGGCGGUCCCCAGCGAGGAGCAGCAGCCACCUGGCCGGGAGAGGGGAGCCCCGGGGGUCACGCAGGGGGAGCACGUUCUGUGGGGAGCAGGUGUGAAGUUUGCAGUGGCCGAGGUCCUGCUGGAUGAGACGGAAAGCAGGGAGGAGGGUAGGUUGGAGGACAAGGAGUGUUGUUGGUGAGGACGGGGGAGGGGUGGGCGCUGGGCUGGGGAGGCGGCAAGGACCAGCCUCCUGGGGACACUUGGACGGUCUGUCAGCAGAGGACGUGGCACUCUGCCACCUUGGUGCUUAAUCGUUGCCUGGAACCUUCAUCUGCUCUUCCUCUUGGCACUCAGAGCCACUGAUGAUCGGGUGGCCUUUGCUGGGUGUCCCUUCCCUGAGUGUGGCCAGGCUUGGGCGCUCCUUCCCGCCCUUCCUGGGAAGGUGCCAGGCCGAGAGGUAGGUGGUGGGUGGGUGGUGAGCCCCAAGCCCCCCGCAGGCCAGAAGCCCUGAGCUCCAGCUCCUGGCUCCUCCUCAGCUUGCUUCCCACCAAUAGCCCACCCGGGAGGAGGAGGCAGUGUGUGGGGAGGGCAGAGGGCCCCAAGGGCUGCAGAUGAAAAGUGUCCCCCUGUCUGGGGGGAGGUGCGGCCUUGGGGAUGUCUGGGUCCCUUCAGGGCCAGGCGGGCGUGUAGAGAAGCUGUCCGCACCAUAGCCAUGGUAGGUAAUCCACAUUGGAUAUCAAUAAGGACCAUGGGGAUAUUUAAAAGAGAAAAGUAUAUAUAUAUAUAAAAUUAUAUACACAUUUUAUCGUUCAGAUUUUCGUACCUUUUCUUCCUAUUUGAUACUGUAAAUCUCUAUAGAGCAGAGCUGCCUGGCAGUGCGGGUGGGGGGGGACCCCCUCCCACACCUGGCCUCUCAAUUCGGCUGCCCACCGCCCAGUGCUGCCCGCCGGACCUCCCCGCUCCCAGGACCAGGCCUGGGAGACCCGUGUGCCCCCUCCUCCUUUCAGAGCUUUGGAGUUUCAUUGUCACAGUUUUAAUAUAUGGGUUUUUUUAUUUAAGAAAACAGGCCCGUCCCCCUGCUCCCUGGCGACAGGGCCCUGUGCGUCAGCUCCACACCCGUCUUCCACACCUCCGGCCACUCAGCAGUUUCAUUUCAAUAUUUAUUUUUGUGCUGCUUUUAUCAUGAUAUAAAUUAUUGAGAAGAGACCCUAUGUCGUGGCCCCGAGGUGGGAAGCGGCCCGCCCGGCUGGCCACACCUAAUUUAUUGCUGUACAUCUCUGCUGUGACGCUUUUGUACCUUUCAAUAAAGAGUUUUCUGGUUUCA